AUGAGUUUGGAGUUGUUUGGAGCUAAAAGAAGCUCGCUUAAUAACUUUGUGAAAAAUUUGAAAUUGAGUGUAGCUGCUGCAGUUUACAAGCCAGACUUGAAAGUAGAAUUAUCACCAGAAACUGAAAUCAAGGAUGUGUUGCUCAGAGACAAAAAGAACGCUGCUUUCCAAUUAACUGAGCCAAACGCUAUUGUUAAAUACUUGGCUGAUGACUUUACAAAUGAGGAGUUGAUCAAAUUUGAAGAAACAGUUUUGUAUAAGGCAUUGAUUUCAAACAAAAGAGAAUCAUUGAAUGACAUUGAGCUCAAAUUACCCGAAUCCGUCAAACUUACACCAGCACAAAUUAUUCUUUUUGCUAGUGUUUAUCCUAGAUUUGAAGGAGAUGAAAAGUCAGCUCCCAAAUGGUUUACCGAGUUUGCACAAGAUGAGAAAGUAGCAUCAGGUAUCAAGCAUGCGUUAUCCAUCUCUAAGCUCGAAAGACGCAAGGAGACAAAUACUGGUGCUCAGAACCUUGUUAAGGACCAUCUCGUUAAGAGUCAAGCCGAUAGAAUUUUGCCAAAAGCUGAUGAACGUAAUAUCUUGAUCACAUCAGCAUUACCUUAUGUGAACAAUGUUCCACACUUGGGAAACAUUGUUGGUUCAGUUUUGAGUGCCGAUAUCUAUGCAAGAUACGCCAAGAACCGUAACUACAAUGCUAUUUUCAUUUGCGGUACUGAUGAGUAUGGUACUGCUACCGAGACCAAAGCAUUGGAGGACGGUGUCACUUCUCAGCAAUUGUGUGACAAGUACCACAAGAUCCAUAAGCAAGUGUACGAUUGGUUCGAUAUAGGAUUUGACUAUUUUGGAAGAACAACCACCCCAUUGCAGACCGAGAUUGCUCAGGAUAUUUUCAAAAAAUUGGAUAAAGGUGAGUAUUUGGAGGAGAAGACUACAGAGCAAUUGUAUUGUGAACAUCACCAUUCCUUUUUGGCAGACAGAUUUGUUGAAGGUAUUUGCCCCAAGUGUGGUUAUGAAGAUGCAAGAGGUGACCAGUGUGACAAGUGUGGUCAACUCUUGGAUCCUUUAGAAUUGAUUGAACCAAGAUGUAAAGUUGAUGGAACAAAACCAAUCGUGAAGCCUUCAACUCAUAUUUACCUCAAGUUGAAUGAAUUAGAAACACCUUUAAAGGAAUGGGUUGACGUUUCAAGUGAAAAGGGGGCUUGGUCGAAAAACUCCAAAACCAUUACAAACUCGUGGAUUAAACAGGGUCUUGAACCUAGAUGUAUCACCAGAGAUUUGAAAUGGGGAACACCAGUGCCUCGUCCAGGAUACGAGGAUAAAGUAUUGUACGUUUGGUUUGAUGCCACUAUCGGGUACGUUUCCAUUACAGCUAAUUAUUUCAAAUCCAUCGAUGAAUCAUCUGUUGAUAACUGGCAGAAGUGGUGGAAGAAUCCAGAGAAUGUUGAUUUGUACCAAUUUAUGGGUAAGGAUAAUGUUCCUUUCCACACUGUGGUGUUCCCAGCUUCACAGAUUGGUACCGGCGAUAACUGGACCAAACUUCACCAUUUGAGUACUACUGAGUAUUUGCAAUACGAAGGCGGUAAAUUCUCGAAAUCCAGAGGUGUUGGGGUCUUUGGAAACAACGCCGAGGAAACCGGUGUGCCUGCAAGUGUUUGGAGAUACUAUCUUGCAUCCAGUAGACCUGAAACCAGUGAUGCUCACUUUUCAUGGGACGACUUUGUCACCAAGAAUAACAGUGAGUUGUUGGCAAACUUGGGUAAUUUUGUUAAUCGUAUUGUUAAAUUUGCUAUUGCCAAGUACAAUGGUGUAUUACCACAGUAUGACACCAAGAACAUUCCCAACUAUGAUCAGUUCCUUACAGACAUUAACACGCUUUUGGGAACAUACAUCAAGAAUAUGGAAGCAGUAAACUUAAGAAAAGGAUUGGAAACGGCAAUGCUUAUCUCUUCAAGAGGCAACCAGUUCUUACAAGAAAACAAAUUGGACAAUACCUUGUACAACGAAUAUCCUGACAAGUCAGACGCUGUUGUUGCUAUUGGCUUGAACUUGGUCUACUUGGUGAGUGCGGUUAUUUCUCCAUUUAUGCCAGACACAACCAAGAAAAUCAACGAAAUCUUGAAUGCCCCAGCAUUAUCUAUAACCGAUACAUUUAUUCCAAUCUUGUUACCAGGCCACCACAUCGGUCAAGCACAGUACUUGUUUACAAGAAUCGACGAGAAGAAGAUUGCCGAAUGGAGGGCCUUGUACGGAGGACAACAGAAGAAGUGA